UGUGUUCCAGAGACAACAUGAGUAAACACUGACCAAAUUAAUUUGGGGAUAAAUGAUCUCUUUAAAUUUGAGCGUAAAGGAACCGCUCGGCUCCUUCUGCGCACGCGCGCUACUCAGUUGCUAUGGGAUACGUGACGAACCAAUAGCGCGUCCAGCCGUUUGUUGUUGAGCGCAUCGUUACAGCGUCGUUGGAUACGGCGUCGUGUCAGGAAAUAUCGUUUAUCUUACUUUAAUCUACUCAAUAACUCAGGACAGUGGUGUCUAAGCGCAAACAUGACAGCGGGCUCGGUGGCAGCUCCUCAGAUCAUUCCCAUUCGCCUGCCGCCUCCGGGAAAAGCCAAACACGAGAUCGACUCCUGCACCCCUGUCGAGAUCAAAUCCGGUGAGUCGACGCGGCUGCGGCAGCGGCACGCACUUGUUCAUCGAUGGUUGAUCUUCGUGUUUCACAUUGCGUGUGUCCCAGACUCCUCUGAUGUGAGUGUCCUGUACACGCUGGACGGCAGUAAGCCCGAGAUGAUGAAGAGGCCGGGUUUCGGUGACAGCACUCUGAAGUACAGCGAACCCAUCCGCUUGCCCGCGGGGAGAGUGUCUGUGAGAGCCAUGGCUGUCAGCACCGACGGCCGUCAGAGCGCAGUCGUCACCAAGGUUUUCAGAGUGACCCCGUCUCCUUCGGAUGAGCAGGAUCUGACUGCAGGCCGUGAGGAUGACACCCUGACGGACGGCCGAGCGAUCAAUGGCAAGGAUGAUACUUUAAUUAAUUUGAAGGACAGCGAAUACGGAGUUGGCAUUCCCUCUGCUAAAAAUCCAGAUAUUCGGAGUGGUGAAUCACGAGAAGGUUUGAAAGGUCCUCGAUUCCUGUCGCGACGCCUCGGCCCCGGUUCGUCUGCAUGGACGACAGCGCGAGACACGCAAAACCAGAGCACGGAUGUGGAAAACCUCUUAAAAACCUCAAGCGGCACGCAGAUAUCGCGCAUCCAGAGAGAGACUGAUUUCCUUAGAUGUCCAAAGUGCUUGAGUCAUCGCCCUUCGGAUCCUUUCGCCCGAUUCUGUCUGCACUGUGGAGCGCCAGUGCCUCCAAUACCUGGUCAGAGACUGCCCCCUACUGAAGGAGGACAGAUGGGUCUAUGUGUGCACUGUAAAGCCAUGGUGCCUCUCAACACGGCCUCGUGUGUGGUGUGUGAGUCUCCACUGACUCAACAACUGCAGCCGCAGGCCAGUCUGAGACUACAGGAUAAGCUCAUCUGUCGGUCUUGUGGGACGGGAAACCCUGCUCAUAUCACACACUGUGUCACUUGUGAAUCCCAGCUGCUUCGGCAAACCACACCGGUUUUCAGCGGACAGAGGGCUGCACCUGUUCCCAGCUCACAGGGCAAAAUGGUCUCCUGCUCUAAGUGCAGUAGAGUCAACCACUCGGAUGCCCGAUUCUGCGACUGGUGUGGGGCAAAGCCCGGCCACAAAGCCAGCUCUGUGGCCUGUUCUCAGUGUGGAGCCAGCAGCCAUCCUUACGCUAAUUACUGCGGUGGCUGCGGUGUCUUCCUGGACGGCCCACCCAGGACGUCCUCACAUGUAAACGCACAGGACGCACAGGAAGCUGACCAGUCUUCAGCCACCUGGCAGGCGGUUCCUGCUCCUGAAUCAACGACUGAGCUUCCGGCUGCGGGUUUGCGCACGUGCGCAGACGCACAGACGCAGACAGCAGGGCUGUUUUUCCCGUCUAGCACCGAGCUGAAAAAACGCAGCCAACAGAGGGAGGCGGAGCUUAGCAGACAGGAGCAGAUGAGUGACAGGAAGCCCCUCCUCACUGCCGUUAGUCCCGGCCGAGGGUACUGGAGGAAGCAGCUGGACCACAUUUGCGCUCAUCUGCGCAGUUACACUCAGAAUAAUACCGAGUUUAGAGCUCUGAUCGGAGAACCUCGUCUGGGCAGAAUGAUAUCCGCUGUUAUUCAGGAGGACGGCUACGAAGUCAGUCUGCGCAUUAACUUCAUCUCUGCCUCGCCGGAGGACUCCAGGUCGUCUUCUGCCGGCCAGCAGAGCAGAUCUGUGGCAUCGGAGAGCCAGAACCUCAGUGCUGUGACAGAAGGCAGAAACUCAGCCAGUCCCGACAUUAAUACAGCAAGAUUGUCAGCAAACAGGAAGAAGCAGAAAAAGAUCUGGAGCUCAGACGCCAAGCAGACGGUGACUAAAGACAGCCUGCUCCUUAAGGAGGUGGGGCCUGAGGGGCGGGGCCAGAUCUCAGCAGUGCAGCAGCUAUUGAAUGAGGGUGCUGACCCAGCAUGUUUGGGAAGCGACGGUCGCCCCGCUCUGGUUGCUGCAGUGUUAAACGGGCAUCAUGACGUGAUUCCUGUACUGGUGCAGAGAGAAGCUGACGUUAACCAGGCAUCUGGGCUGUUGAAUAACACAGCGCUGCAUGAGGCUGCAGCUCUGGGAAACGAAGGUCUGAGGAGCGUCGAGAUGCUCCUGGGGUGUAAUGCAAGCAUCAGGAAACAGAACGGCCGCGGACAGACGGCGUAUGAUAUUGCCGUGGCCGCCGGGAGCAGUUCUGUGGUCUCUCUGAUGGCCGCUCACAUGGGACAGGAUCUGCUACAGCGCCACACCAAGGCCAGGAGCCCAUCUGGACUGGAUACGUUCUCUUGAAGCAAUCCGCGUCUUAACCAAACCUAAUCUCAACUGACAUACUCAGGCAAAAUGAUUUAUUGUUAAAGUGUGUUUUCCACAUUGUCGCUUCGGAUUUAAUCAGUAAAAACUAAAUGCAGAAAGGGGACUAAAUUGAGACAUAAAUGGAGACUAAAUACUCAGAAUUGCGUGAAAGAGGUUGAGGAAUUCUAAGAAAGUGAAAGUUUUCUGAAUUUUAAAUUUUACGUGAAUUAUACUGAUAAGUGUUUUUUUAUAGGCGUAAACAAUAAUUCAUUCCCAUUCCUAAACUACUUUUUUUUUUGUCAUGAAAUCGUUCCAUUUUGAUGUUUACGCAUGUGUUUUAAGCCGGUUGCUAUCAAAUGAUUAUUUGCAAUAAAUCUUAUCCAAAAUC